AUGGGUAAAUUUUCAGUGAAGCCACAGAUCUACUAUUAUAAUGAUGAUUAUUUUGUGAUAAAGUUCAGUAAUUUGGAAGAAAGAGAUCAAGUACUAUAUUUUGUCCCUCAUAUGGUGAACAAUCGUCCUAUAAUUAUGAAAGCAUGGUCAGCAUAUUUCAAUUUGCAUGAUGAAGUACUAAAAACCGUUCUCCUGUGGGUCAGAUUUCCCAAUUUGCCGCUCAAUUGUUGGAGUAUGAAGUCCCUAAGCAAGAUAGGUAGUGCUUUGGGAAACCCUGUCUAUGCUGAUGAGUGCACUACUGGAUCAAUUAGAAUCUCUUAUGCAAGAAUGCUAAUUGAAAUGGAUGUCACUAAACCACUGCCUAGAAUUGUGAAGCUGCAAGAUCCAAAGGGCAAAACAAUACUGCAGGGAAUUACAUAUGAUUGGGAGCCAGCAUUCUGUGCUAAAUGUUUGAAAAUAGGCCAUGAUUGUAAUGAAGUCAAAGCGCCACAACCACAGAGAAUGAUAUAUCAGAGGAAGGUGAAUAAAGGCAAACAAGUUUGGCUCAGAACUGAUAGAGAUGGCUCAAAUGAUAAAAAACAGGAGGCUGAACAAAGUAAGAAGAAUGAAGCAGUCCAAACAUCAGAACAAGGGGAAAAGACAAAGGACAAUGAGAAACAAGGAAAGGAAGAUGGGUGGAUAACAGUGCAGCCAAAGCUAAACAAAAUGAGGAGCAAAACCUGGUUGGAAACAAUGGAUUCCAACCUCUGUGAAAUGAUCAACAAAUAG